AGACUAAAAUAGAGGGGGGUUUUGUAGCUUUAUCAUCAGGGUGAGUAAGUAGCUGGCCAUGGUUCAGUCUUGUGGUGAGUGAGUGUGUGUGUGUGUGUGUGUGUGUGUGUGUGUCGCAGUCAGUAUAAACACUAUCAGCUGGUUCAGCGUUAUGUGAUCCUGGAGGCUCUCGCGCACAGAAAUGGCACCGUUCGACUUGAAAGGUGUUUUCAUCUCUGCGUUUGAUUACAAGACCGAAAAAUACGUCAUCGCCAAAAACAAGAAAGUCGGCGUCCUUUACCGACUCAUACAGCUCACUGUAAUCGGUUAUAUCAUCGGGUGGGUGUUUGUUAUUAAGAAAGGCUAUCAGGAGACUGAAGAAUCUAUACAGAGUUCAGUCAUUACUAAAGUGAAAGGGGUUGCGUUCACCAACACUACAGGCUCUGAAGCCUGGCUUUGGGGUCCUGAGGAUUACGUCAUCCCACAACAGGGAGAAGCCAUGCUCUUUAUCACCACCAAUUUUAUCACAACCCCAAACCAGAAAUUAGGAUACUGUGCUGAGAGUGUAAAAGUACUUGACGGUCAUUGCCAAGGGAAUGAAGACUGCCCAGAAGGAGACACUGUCAUAGCUGGCCACGCAUUCUGGUUUGAUUUGCUUCCGUCAGGAAUUAAGACAGGACGCUGCUUAAAGAAAGACAGGAACUCUACAGGUACCUGUGAAAUAUACGGCUGGUGCCCCAUUGAACGGAGCAGCCGACCAGUUGUGCCUUUGUUAGGAAAAGCUGAAAACUUCACCAUAUACAUCAAGAACUUCAUCAGAUUCCCUCUGUUUGACUUCUCAAAGUCAAAUGUUUUGGAGACGGUAGAUGACACAUAUCUGAAGAAAUGUUUAUACAGUGAGCUCACUCAUCCUUACUGCCCCAUAUUCCGGCUUAGUGAUAUAGUCCAGAGAACUGGACAUGACUUUCAGGACAUGGCUGUACUGGGAGGGACGAUAGGAAUCCUAAUAGAGUGGCACUGCGACCUGGAUAAAGGUUAUUCAGCGUGUCACCCGAGAUACAGUUUCACUCGCCUGGAUGUGAAAACUACAGCUCGUGCAAUCUCGUCAGGGUACAACUUCAGAUAUGCACGAUAUUUUAAAAAUGCUGACGGACAGAACUACAGGAUACUUUUUAAGGUGUUUGGGAUUCGCCUUGACAUCCUGGUUCAUGGCAAGGCUGGAAAGUUCAAUAUAAUUCCUACAAUCAUAAAUAUAGGCUCGGGGCUUGCGUUAAUGGGUGCUGGGGCGUUUUUCUGCGACAUGGUCCUUCUUUACAUGAUGAAGAAAAGCACCCUGUACAGAGAGAGGAAAUUUGAAACAGAUAAUAAGUAUGCGACACAAAAAACACCAACCCAAAAGAAUGGAAACAACAACAGGAAAAGUACUGACCUAUCAGAGGAAGCUGUGAAACCGCCAUCAGAGCUGGAACAACUCACAGACCCCACGUCUGACCAGCACACACCAGGAAUAACAGAUUUACCCAAAGACAAUUCAAGUGCCUGACAAACUGCGUACUGAACAUAAACUCACUUUUUUUUUGUUGUUUUAAAGGACAGCAGCUCUAAAAUC